AUGGUGGAUCUGUCAGAUACGAACCUUCCGAAGAUACUUCUUCGAACGAUCGAUUGUAAGCAGGGUGCUGUUAGAGCUGUUAGAUUUAACGUGGAUGGGAACUACUGUUUGUCGUGUGGUGCAGACAAGUCGGUGAAGUUAUGGAAUCCGUAUAAAGGAACACUUCUAAAGACUUAUACAGGAACAGGUUGGGAGGUUCUAGAUGCUCAAGGUUCCAGUGAUAAUUCGAUGAUACUUGUUGGUGGCAUGGAUAAACAAUUAACGGUAUUUGAUGUUGAGACGGGGAAAAUAACACGACGCUGGCGAGGACACAACGGUCAAGUUAACAGUGUGGCAUUCAAUGAAGAAUCAACGGUGGCAAUAUCUGCUUGCCAAGACGGCAUCGUGCGAUGUUUUGAUAUUCGUGAUAAAAAUACGCCGAUACAGCAGAUGGAUGAAGCCACUGAUGCUGUGUUAACAGUUGAUGUUAAUUCUCAUGAGAUUGCUUCGGGUUCAGCUGACGGUAGUGCUCGUAUCUAUAGCAUUCGGGACGGAAAGCUAACUGAUGACUUCCUCGGCGAUAGUGUUACAUCGUUGCAUUUCUCGGCAGAUGGUCAAUGUUUACUUGCGUCCACUAAAGAUGGCUUCAUUCGGCUGAUUGAUAAAAUGAAUGGACAACUACUAGCAGACUAUACAGGUCAUGCAAAUACUGAAUAUCGUGUGGAAAGCUGUCUACUUGCAACUGAUGCGCAUGUUGUGAGCGGUUCUGAAGAUGCUCAUUUGUACAUCUGGAGUUUAAUCGAGAUGAAGAUAUUACAUAAGUUGCCGCAUCCAAGUUCUGUAGUGCACUCGGUUAGCUCACAUCCAAAGAAGCCAAUAUUGCUGUCUUCAUCAACAACAAAUAUAUUUCUUUGGGGAAUGCAAAAAGAAGAAAAUAUAUGA